AAAGAAUAUCACGGAAGAUCGUCUUGAGGGACUUGGAAAUAUGUUGUCUAUGAGACUUGGUCAUACAAUGUCUCCUGCUGACAUGGCUCGAAAAAAUAUCCAAGAACAUUCUUCUCAAUUCACCGACUCAGAUGGAGAUUCAUUUCUCCAUAAGGCAGCCUUAGACAACCAUCCCUCUCCCAUAUAUGUGUAUACCAGGGCUGGUACUCAUGUAAACCAUAAAAAUAAGAAUGGUGACACUGCCCUGCAUGUGGCAAUCAAGAGAGGGCAGAGGGACAUCAUAGAGGCACUGUUGCAAUGUGGCGCUGAUCCCCUGGCCAGAAAUAAGAACGGCCAGACUGUAAUCUCAAUGGUGGAAGGAACGAUGAAGACAUACAUGUCAUCUUAUAGAGAUGGCAUGCUGUCAACCAUUACUAAAGGCAGCUUUAACUCAGUGCAGAAACUUGUGAAAAUGUGGUGCAGUCCAAAUACAAUUAUUAAGAAUGGAGAAACUGCAAUGAAAUUAGGAAAAAGUUUAGGAAAGUCAAAUCAAAAAAUAGAAAAGUGCUAUAGAUUUCUUAAGGAACAAAACAACACAUUGGAAUUGAUCCAUGCUGUAUUGGCUGAGGAUAUUGAAGCUGUGGAGCAAAUUUUGGCAGACAAGAAAAAUAUCAACAUUAACAUGCGGCAUAAUAAGAGUAAAACGGGGAAGACAGCUUUAUCAUGUGCUAUAGACAUACACAACUUCGACAUUGUGAAAACACUUAUUGAGAGAGGGAAGGCUAGCGUCAACAUACGGGUACAGGAAAAUGCACAGGGUGAUUGCACUAUUCCCCUGAUGUUCAAAGCCUUCACAGAAGAUUCUCCAGUAGAAAUGGCAAAAUAUAUGUGGCACAGAAGAACAAUGGGUGAAAAAGAAAAAGACAGGCUUGGGAAUACUCUGUUCCUAAGGGCUAUUGAAGAGAACAUGCCGGUCGACUUCAUUAAGUGGUUACUUACCAUGAGGGCAGGUCAUUGUGUAGUUGAGAGAAACAAGGAUGGUGUAAAUGCACGGGAGCUAGCCAUAAAGAUGAAGCGUAUUGAUGUUAUGCAAGCUAUAGAUGAAUACAUUAUGAAGAAUCUGAAGCACAUGUUUGUCCAGCAUCUCAUCGCUAAGUUCUAUGGGUCAGAAAAUCUUCAGAUUUCACAGAUGGGAAGUGGGAAGACUCCAAACCAGUUAGCGCUAGAGAAGAGAGACAAUGAGUUAUUAGAUACACUGAACAAUGUAGAGACACUGCAGCAACGAGGUGUAAAACUUCUUGAAGCAGCGUCCGAAGGAAACCAGGAUGACAUACAACAACAUAACAUACUCAAUUUUCAAGAUAGGCAUGGGUACAGUGCAUUGAUAAAGGCUAUAGUUCACAACCAGUUUAAAGCAGCAGAGCAACUUGUGAUCACCAGACCUGUACUGAGAGGAAUACCUGAUAAUUGCAAUAGGUACCCACUUCACUAUGCCUAUUCCUUACCAGAUGAUCAAGCUGAACCAUUCCUCGCUCUCAUAAUGGAGAGAAAUCCUAGGGAAUAUGAAGAAAGUCUAGACAAGGAUGGCAGGAAACCAGCAGAGUACAAAAGUAUGAGAGGAAGUGAGCUCAUCGAGCAAAUAUUAAUUGAUGCAAGGACCUUGGACCCAGUUUAGUGACGAUUUUGGGCUGAAAACUAUUGAGAUAGGAACUUGUUGAACAAUGAUUGAUUCACAUGAACAUGGAUAAUACUAAGCUAGCAUUUUUCAAAUUCUUUUUGAUAUCAUUUAAUACAUUUUGUCCAUGUGGGGACAUAGAAACAUAGAUAAGAGCAAUUAUAAUUACAUUAUUUUAAUUCAAUAUUUUUAAUUUCAAAGUUAUUUUAUAUCAUUUCCGGUACAUGGAUGAUACAUAUACACAGUAGAGGCUAUGGCAAUUUAGAUUAAAAACCGAUGAGGUUUUCAUCCAAUUUAAAACUUAAAAUCCCAUAAUAAUACGAAAAUACAAGAAUAAAGAUUUAAA